AUGUGGACCAACGGGAAAAUCAUAUGUUUAUGGAUGAAAAAAACCAGAAAUAACACCACCAAAUGCUACUACUCAGAUGGAACGGAAAACGUCGAGGACUUUUUCUACGACGACGAAUUUUAUAAGGAAUUCCAUAAAAAAAAUAACCCACCACAACAAAAUACACCAGAAGUUCCAGAACCACAACCACAACAAAACCAACAAUCACAACCACUCCCACUCCAUCAACCACUCCCACUCCAUCAACCACAACCACUCCCACUCCAUCAACCACAACCAACCCCACUCCAGCAACCACAACCAAUCCCACUCCAACAACCACAAUCACCACAACCACAACCAAAACAUACUGCAUCAAUACCUGAUUAUAAAAAAUUAUUUAGAGCUAUGGAUGCAUAUGAAAAGCAACAACAAGAGGAACCACAAUCACAACCACAAUCAAGCACAACCACACAUAUUAUUGAUCAUAAAAAUCAAUUUUAUGGAUCUAUGGAUAUUGACUCAGGGACAGUCAAUACUCCUCAACCACCACCACAAGAUAAAGCUAUAAAACGUUUAAAUGAACGUUUGGAGCUCUACGGUUUAGAGAACCGUACAGUCAUCCCAGGUGAUGGCAAUUGUCAGAUGCAUGCCUUAUCUGACCAAAUAUAUGGCGAUUUAAACCAUAGUAUGGAAAUUAGAAGAGCUAUUGUUACAUGGCUCAUGAAAAACAAAAAUUUAACCCUUCCAAAUGGUGCCAAAAUAUACGAAUUUGCCAAUGCCACCAGCUGGUAUAAGUACUGUAACCAAAUGGCAAGAAGGGGUACAUGGGGAGACCACUUAACAUUACUCGCCGCUGCUGAGAUUUUCAAAUCUCAAAUUACCGUUAUCUCAUCCGUUGAGUCUAACAGCAGCUUUUUCAUUGAAAUCACUCCACGUUCAAUUGAAAACUCCAGAGCUAUUAUUUUGUCUCACCAUGCAGAACAACACUAUGGUUCCUUACGCCAAGUUUUAUAA